AUGGCUCGUCUUUGGUUAGCCGUUUUCCCGCUCCUGGUUUUCGGAAGCUUCGCCGAUCCCACGGGAAAAGUUGCUAAAGAGCGAAUCGCUCCAAACGACUUUGCUAAGAAGCAAGUAGAGAUUAUGCAGCUAUUUUUCCACAUUCGUGAACCAGUACAAAUUAAUGAGUCUAAGAGUGCUCUUAAAACUUGGAAUAUCGAAGACAACAUCGAACAGUUUAUGGAUCGAAGUGCGGGUAACGAGUGGUCAAAUUUACUAAAAAACAACGGGUUAAUCUCUCGUCAUCUACCAUUUACAGUCCAUGAAGAGAAACACAAACACGAAGCCAUCAUUUUGUUUAGGAUACUUUACUCUGCCAAAGACUACGACACAUUCUACAAAACAGCCCUUUACGUGAGAGAUCGUGUUAAUGAAGAUCUCUUCCUCUAUGUGCUAUCCACGACUGUUGUUCACCGUCGAGAUUUAGCUGGAUUCAUUAUUCCUCCUAUUUACGAGAUGUCGCCUGAGUACUUUAAUAAUGGACAAGUGAUGACCUUAGCACAGCAAAUUAAUAUCUUGGGAGAUAGUAUACUUGAUGACUGUAAAGCUGUUUUUAAAUUUGACAAUAGUAUAGUUAUAAGGGAAAAUGAUACUCUUUGGUCUUAUUACAUGUAUGCUCAGCCUUUACAUUACUACAAUCAUGACGAGGGCUUGAAUUUAUUCUAUUAUUACUAUAAUUAGCUGUAUCCCUCGUGGCUCGGUGGAGACCUAGCUUCCCUUGAAAAAGAUAAUCGUGGUGAAUGGCUGUGGUUCUUGCACAAGCAGAUGAUGACUCGUUAUUAUCUCGAGAGAUUGUCUAAUGGCCUUUCUGAAAUAGAAGACCUUGAUCAUCACAUAGUGAAGGAGGGAUAUAAGUCUAGCAUGAUAUACAACAACGGUAUACCCUUCCCAAGCCGUCCAGAUAGCUUCCAUCUGGACCAGUCCGAUUUUGCAGAUGAACUUCAUAAGAUCGUGGAUUAUGAGAGACGUGUACGUGAUGCCAUAGAAAAUGGUUUCAUUUUUAACGAUUCUGGUGAAAAAAUUAAUUUAAGGAUUCCCGAGGCUGUCGAUAUAAUCGGACGUAUCAUUGAGGCUGGUGUUGAUUCUCCAAAUGGUCGCUAUUACAAAGGCUUUAUCACACUAUGGAAGUCCAUUCUUGGAAAUUCAUUGGCGCAUAAAAACAAUUAUAGUGAAAGCUAUGUCUAUCUUGUCAUCCCUUCAGUCCUAGAGCAUGGUCAAACAGCACUCCGCGAUCCUGCAUUUUAUAUGAUCUGGAAACGGGUCCUUAAUUUGUUUAAGCUUUGGCAUGAACAACUUCCUCCUUACACACGUGAAGAAUUAGCCUUAUCUUCAGUGGUAAUCGAAAAUGUCGAAGUUGACAAAUUUGUCACAUAUUUCGAAAAUACCUACACGAAUAUUAAUGCAGGUAUUUACAGAUGAAAUAAUUGCAAAACAAGCAUUGUCCCGGAUGAAGUGAACGUUCUUGUUCAGCAUCCAAGGUUGAAUCACAAGAAGUUUAAUGUGCGAGUCCGUGUGAGAGAUUCACUUGCCCAAAACGUUACAGUCAGAUUCUUUUUGGGCCCAAAAUAUGAUAGCAGAAAAUUUAAAAUAUCACUCCACGAAAACGUUGAAAACUUUUUGUUGGACGAAUUUAUCUACGACCUACCUGAAGGCGAAAACGUGAUCGUUCGUGAGUCGACUGAUAGUCCUCAUUACACCUAUAAUUUGAGGGCAGCAAGCGAUGUUUACAGAGAAGCUGUUGCGGCUUUACACGGGAGAGGAGAUUACCAUUUUGAUCCUACGCAAAUUAUCAAAUUUCCACAUAAUCUUGUGCUACCUAAAGGUCACUUAGCCGGUAUGCCGUAUGUGCUACUGGUUCACGUAACGGAGUACAAGCCACCCAGACUACCAUUCGGAAGUACUUUCGAUCCUGAGUUGUCCAUCGGACCAGGUUCCGGCUCUCGUCGUCUGGCCGGAGACCCACUGGGCUAUCCUCUUAAUAGGCCACUGUAUUCAUGGCAGAUUGAGAGCCUGCAUAAUUUUUAUUUCCAAGACGUAUUGAUUUAUCACAAGCCAACUCCGGAAAUCAAUGUUCCUUACUCUUCUGAAGUUUAA